AUGCUCUCCAUCCUCGACAACUCGCUUCGUCUUGCCAACUUCGUCUUCCUCACCAUCGUGCUGGGUCUCACGGCGUCCCUAGCCGCCACACGGGACCACACCAACCCACAGGUCAACUUCGCCAUUUUCGCCGCCGUGUUCGGGCUCUUGUUCGACACCUUCUACGCCAUCCCGGCCAACUUCAUCUCCGCGCUCGCGUGGCCCAUUUUGAUCGCCGUCUUCGACUUUUUGAACUUCGUGUUCACCUUCGCCGCCGCCACCGCGCUCGCCGUCGCCAUCAGAACCCACUCCUGCACCAACCAGUCCUACCUGGACAGCAACACCGUGACCCAGGGCUCCACGGACCGCUGUCGUAAGGCCCAGGCCUCCGUCGCGUUCUUGUACUUUGCCUUCUUUGUGUUUUUGGCCAAGCUCGGCUUGUCCUUGACCAACGUGCUUUCGGGCGGCAUGUUCGGCUCUUCGUCCUCCCGCAGGGCCAACGUCGGCGUUCCAACCAUUUCCCAGGUCUAA